AUGGUGGACAGCUGUUGUGCUGGAGACACCACUGCCAUUCCUGCUGCACCCACUGUCUCCACAUGCCCAGGUGGUGGCCGCAUCCGAUAUGCAAUCUGUUUGCCCAGUUCCUGCCAGAGCAGGACAUGGCAGCUGGCCACAGUCCAGGAAAACUGUCAGGUGUCCAGUGGUGCCUCAAGUGGCUGUGAACCUGCUUCAUGCCAAACCACCUGCCUUCCAUCUGCCUCUUGUGUGGGUUUUACUUGCCAACCCAUGUGCUCCCGCAUAGCUUCCUGUCAAUCUGGAGCUGGUCAGCCACCCUGCUUAGAUGCCACCAGGUGUCAGGUGAAGUGCUGUGAUACCAGUCCCUGCCAGCAAAGCUCCUGCCAGGAACCUGUCUGCACCUCUGGAUCAUGUCGGGCAGCUUGUGACCCAUCUGUCUGCUGCGAUGCUCUAUCCUGUCAGCCAUCCUGCUCUGAAGUGACCUCCUGCCCUGAAACAUCCUGCCCACCAAUCAUCUGUACAGCUAGUCCAAGCCAACCUACUAGCUACCAAGGAGGUUCAUGUCAACCCAUCUGGGGCAAAGGCCAGAUCUGUAAACCAGCAUAUUACCAACCCAUCUGCUACGUCCUCGAGACUUGCCAGUCACUUCCCUGCGUGCCUGCUCCCUGCCAGCCUUUGACUUAUGUGUUCAGUUCUUGUGAUCCUACCUGCUGUGUGCCCUCCUUUUGCCAACCAGCUCCUUCCAUAUCUUUCGUCUGCCAGCCAGUGGCUACCUGCCAGUCCUCUUGUUCUGCAUUGAAUUCUUGCAAGUCAACUUCCUGUGGUGCUGUGCUUUCUGGCCAACCAAUUUGUGACGACCCCCCUUCCCGUAACCAAAGAGGCUACAAAUCUUCUUCCCGUCAAUCAGCAUGCUGCGUGACAGGUGUAGGCAUACCAUCCAGUGGUGGCUCUCCUUGCUUCCAACCAACUUCCCCAAAUCUCUGCAAGGCAAACACUCGCUUGGUGACUUCCUGCCGACGCAGCUAUCAGUCCAGCUUCCGGAAGGGAGCGCUUUGUUGA